ACUUAAGAAUCAGGAAUGCAGUGAGCAUUGCAGAAUCAGGAAUGCAGCAGAUUUUGUAGAAUUAGAAACAGCGGGACACAUUAUAGUAUCAGUCAUGGUAUAAGCAACAUAGACUUCUCAUGGCCAUGGGCACUAUAGCGUCUGAAUGUGGGCAAUGCUGCUGGCAGGAAGUGAGAACGUUAUCUAGUGACUUUUCUCUCUCCUUUCUUUCAGGUUGCUACCAGCUAUGUAACGUUUUCCGAUCCCAUGAGAUGGAAAUUGACCAGUGCUUGCUGGAGUCCCUUCCCCUGGGCCAGCGUCAGCGUCUGGUGAAGCGCAUGCGCUGUGAGCAAAUCAAAGCCUACUAUGAGCGAGAGAAAGUGUUCCGGAAGCAGGAAGGGCUCCUGAGGAGAACCAAGCCUGCGAAGAGCCAGAGGGUCCGCUUCAGCCUUGCUGACAUGAUUCAGGACGCCAUCAUCCACCACCAUGACAAAGAGGUGCUUCGACUCCUGAAGGAGGGGGCGGACCCACACACUCUCGUUUCCUCAGGAGGGUCCUUACUUCACCUGUGCGCUCGAUAUGACAAUGUCUUCAUUGCAGAAGUCCUCAUUGACAGGGGUGUCAAUGUCAACCACCAGGAUGAGGACUUUUGGACACCCAUGCACAUCGCCUGUGCCUGUGACAACCCGGAUAUUGUCCUGUUGCUGGUCUUAGCUGGAGCCAACGUCCUUCUGCAGGAUGUGAAUGGGAACAUCCCCUUAGAUUAUGCUGUCGAGGGGACCGAAUCUAGUGCUAUCCUGCUGGCCUACUUGGAUGAAAACGGAGUGGACCUCGACUCGCUGCGCCAGAUAAAGCUGCAGAGGCCCAUGCGCAUGCUGACAGAGGUCAGGCACUUCUUGUCUUCCGGAGGGGAUGUCAACGAGAAGAAUGAAGAUGGAGUGACCUUGCUGCACAUGGCCUGCGCUAGUGGCUACAAGGAGGUGGUGGUGCUUAUCCUGGAGCACGGUGGGGACCUCAAUCGGGUGGAUGACGGGUACUGGACACCACUGCAUUUAGCAGCCAAAUAUGGCCAGACGGCUCUGGUGAAACUCCUUCUGUCACACCAGGCGAACCCCCACCUUGUGAACUGCAAUGGGGAAAAGCCAUCAGAUGUCGCUGCCUCUGAGUUUAUUGAGGAAAUGCUGCUUAAAGCUGAAAUUGCCUGGGAAGAAAAGAUGAAAGAGUCUCCAUCUGUCCCUAGCUUAGUCCAGGAGGAGCUGUACGAUGAGAUCCUUCACGACCUCCCACAUCUUUCUAAUAAGCUCAGUCCCCUGGUGCUACCAAUUGCCAAGCAAGACAGUCUGCUGGAAAAAGACAUUAUGUUCAAAGAUACAACAAGGGAUCUGUGCAAGCAGGAGUCUCAGGACGGGCCCCCGGAAAGCAGCCUGGCGAGCAGCCACAGCAGGCCAGAGCAGGUCCAGCUCAUGCCUCCGGCCCCCAGCGAUGACCUGGCCACACUCAGUGAGCUUAAUGACAGCAGCCUGCUGUAUGAAAUCCAGAAGCGCUUUGGGAAUGACCAGAUCCAUACUUUUAUUGGGGACAUCUUCUUGCUUGUUAACCCAUUCAAAGAACUCCCAAUUUACUCUACUAUGGUGUCCCAGCUGUACCUGAGCCCCACAGGCCAGCGCAGCCCCUCACUCCCACCCCACCUCUUCUCCUGCGCAGAGCGGGCCUUCCACAGGCUGUUCCAGGAGCGAAGGCCACAGAACAUCAUCCUCAGUGGAGAAAGAGGGUCAGGGAAGACCCAGGCCAGCAAGCAGAUCAUGAGGCACCUGACGGGCAGGGCCAGCUCCACCCGCACCAUGUUUGACUCCAGAUUCAAGCAUGCCAUGUGCAUCCUGGAAGCCUUCGGCCAUGCCAAGACCACUCUCAACAGUGUGUCCAGUUGCCUCAUACAAUACUGGGAAGUGCAGUUCUGUGAGAGGAGGAAGCAUGCGACUGGAGCCAGAAUUUCCACAUAUAUGCUGGAGAAGUCCAGGCUUGUGACACAGCCUCCUGGUCAGGGCAGCUUUCUGAUUUUCUCCUGGCUGAUGGACGGGUUAUCCACUGAAGAAAAAUGUGGGCUUCACCUUGGCAACUUCUGUGCACACCGGUAUAUGAACCAAGGCACGCAGGAAGACGUCUCCACAGCGGAGCGCUCCCUGAACAAGGAGAGACUUGUGGUUCUGAAACAUGCUCUCAAUGUGAUCGGCUUCAGCAGCCUGGAGGUGGAGAACCUGUUUGUUAUCCUAGCGGCGAUAUUGCACCUUGGAGACGUUCAGUUCACGGCACUGACGGAAGCUGACUCAGCCUUUGUCUCUGACCUCCAGCUUCUGGAACAAGUGGCUGGCAUGUUGCAAGUAUCCACCGAUGAGCUGGCAUCUGCCUUAACAACUGAUAUUCAGUAUUUUAAAGGAGACGUGGUAAUACGCCGGCAUACCACACAGAUCGCUGCAUUUUACCGGGAUCUCUUAGCCAAGUCACUGUACGGCCGUCUGUUUGGUUUUCUGAUAAACGCCGUGAACUGCUGCCUCCAGAAUCAAGAUGACUAUAAAAGCCCACAGACACUGGACAUCGGAAUACUGGACAUUUUCGGUUUUGAGGAAUUUCAAAAGAAUGAAUUUGAGCAACUCUGUGUCAACCUGACCAACGAGAAGAUGCAUUACUAUAUCCAAGAAGUGCUUUUCCUGCAAGAGCAAGCAGAGUGUGUACAAGAGGGAGUUGCCAUGGAAACUGCCUAUUCUCCUGGUAACCAGGCUGGAGUUUUGGAUUUCUUCUUCCAGAAGCCAUCAGGAUUCUUCUCCCUAUUGGAUGAGGAGAGUCAAGUGAUCUGGUCAGUGGAGCCAAAUCUUCCCAGAAAGCUGCAGCGUCUCCUGGAGUCAUCAAAUACAAACACAGUGUAUUCUCCUAUGAAGGACGGUAAUGGAAAUGUUGCUGUCAAAGGUCAAGGCCCAGCCUUCACAGUCAUGCACUACGCAGGAAGGGUAAUGUAUGAAAUUGGAGGCGCGGUUGAGAGAAAUAAGGACAGCCUUUCGCAGAACCUCCUGUUCGUCAUGAAAACGAGUGAAAAUGUUGUGAUCAGUCAUUUGUUCCAGUCAAAACUGUCACAAACAGGAUCGCUCAUAUCUUCCUACCCAUCAUUUAAAUUCCGAGGACACAAAUCCACCAUACUCAGUAAGAGAGCUGCCUCUUCGAUGAUUGGCGUGAACAAGAAUUACCUAGAACUUAGCAAGUUAUUAAAAAAGAAGGGAUCUUCAACUUUCCUACAAAGACUGGAACGCGGAGACCCCGUCACCACCGCAUCACAGCUCACGAAAUCUCUGGCAGACAUCACUGGGAAGCUACAGAGGGGCAGUCCACACUUCAUCCAUUGCAUCAAGCCCAACACCUCACAGUUGCCUGGUGUGUUUGAUCACUUCUACGUGUCUGCCCAGCUACAGUACCUCGGUGUCCUGGGGCUAGUGAAACUUUUCCGCUAUGGGUACCCAGUGCGUCCUUCCUUUGAGGACUUCCUGGCCAGAUACGAGCCCCUGGCUUCUGUUCUUCUGGGCGAGAAGAAGGGUCAGCCUGCUGAGGAGAGAUGCCGGCUUGUUCUCCAGCGGUGCAAGUUACAAGGCUGGCAGAUGGGAGUCCACAAAGUAUUCCUGAAGUACUGGCAUGUGGACCAGCUCAGCGACCUGUGGCUCCAGGUGCAGAGGAAGAUCGUAACUUGUCAGAAAGUUAUAAGAGGGUUUCUGGCACGCCAGCACUUACUUAAGAGAAUGAACAUCAAGCAGCAAGAGGUCACGUCCAUCAAGAGCUUCUUACAGAGCACAGAGGACAUGGCACUGAAAACCUAUGAUGCCCUGGUCAUUCAGAACGCUUCCGACAUUGCCAGGGAACAUGAUAGGCUCCGGAAGGAGGUCCAUGCUUCCUACCACAGGAGCAAGCAAGAAGAAGGAACAAAAAGAGCUGAAGACCAAGGAGGAUCCCGGCAUGUCCACUCUAACUCCGUGCCGGUCUCCAUGGCAGUGGACAGCCUAGCCCAGACUCUUGCUGGACCAUCCAUCCGGUCGCCCUCACUGCACUCUGUGUUCAGCAUGGAUGACAGCACUGGCCUACCGUCACCACGGAAACAGCCUCCACCCAAGCCAAAGAGGGACCCCAACACCCGACUGAGUGCCUCCUAUGAGGCUGUGAGCGCCUGCCUUUCAGCCGCCAAGGACGCAGCCAGUGAAGCUCUGACACGACCCAGACCCCACAGCGAUGAUUACAGCACCAUGAAGAAAAUUCCUCCUCGAAAGCCAAAGAGAAGUCCACACACGAAGCUCAGUGGUUCCUACGAGGAGAUCUGGGGACCGCGGCCUCCUGGUGUGAUGGGCCAUGUGGGCAGGCAUCAGGCUCCGGGGACACUGAGUGUGCAGUGGGCCAGGCCUGACUCGGUGCCACCGUGUACACCACAGCUGCCCCUGCACCUGCCGUUGCCACAGGGGGACUAUGACGAUGAUGCCGAGCCUGUGUACAUAGAGAUGGUGGGGAACGCAGCCAGGGCAGCGGGCUCUGAGAUGGACAGCCCCGACCAGGGCGAGUCUGUGUACGAGGAGAUGAAGUAUGUCUUGCCUGAGGAGGGCUGUGGCCCAGGGAUGCUCACCUUCCUGCCUGCCUCACCUCCUCUGUUUUUGGAGACUCGAAAAGCCAUCGUCUUGGAGGCUAGCGGAGGGAACUGCCAGCCCUUGAAGGACACGUGUGACAUCCCUCCACCUUUCCCAAAUCUGCUUCCCCACAGGCCACCGCUCCUCGUCUUCCCUCCCACCCCAGUGACCUGCUCCCCAGCUUCUGAUGAGUCACCACUGACACCCCUGGAGGUGAAGAAACUGCCAGUCUUGGAGACAAACCUCAAGUACCCGGUGCAAUCCGAAGGCUCCAGUCCCUUGUCACCGCAGUCCUCAAAAGCCCAGAAGGGAGAUAGUGACCAGCCGGCAUCCCCUGGCUUUGCUGUGUUUAAUGGGUCCAGCAGAGUCUCACCACCUUCCACGCCACCGCCACCCCCAGGACCACCUCCUGCACCCUGUGGACCAGUCCCUGCACCCUGCCGGCCACCCACACACUUCGCCUUCCCGCCAGAUUCUGUCUUGGUUAUGGCACCUAAAGCGUUGACUAACUCUGACCUGCCCAGAACACAGCCCAAGCCCAGUUCAGCCCCAAUACUGGGUCCCUGCAGCUCCUUCGUCAAAACUCCAUAUUCACCUGGAAGGACAGUCAGAGCAGACCUCAGGAAAGCCUCAUCCACCUUCUCCCCUCCGAGCCCUUACAGCCCACCCAACAGCAGGCCGCUGUCCAGUCCCCUGGAUGAGCUGGCCAGCCUCUUCAACUCGGGAAGGAGUGUGCUGCGCAGGUCCGCAGUGGGGCGCAGGAUCAGGGAGGCUGAAGGUUUUGAAACCAACAUGAACCUGACUAGCCGGGAUGAACCCAGUUCAACAGAAAUGGCUUCAGAGACUCAAGACAGAAAUGCAAAUAACCACGGGACUCAACUCUCUAGCCCUCUGUCUAGUGCCGUCACAGCUGAAAAUGGAAAUUCUGUCACCAACGGUUUACCUGAGGAUGAUGGAUGCUCAAGGCUGUGUCUCAGUGGCAUGGGGACCUCAUCUUUUCAGAGACAUCGCGAGAGCCACACCACCCAGGUCAUCCACCAGCUGAGGCUCUCUGAGAACGAAAGCGUGGCUCUGCAGGAACUGCUGGACUGGAGGAGGAAGCUCUGCGAGGCGCGAGAAGGCUGGCAGGAUGCCCUGCAGCACCCAGAGCCCCGGGCACCUCCACCGCCACCCUGCAAGAAGCCCACACUCCUAAAGAAGCCUGAGGGGGGCUCCUGUACCAGGCUGCCUUCCCAGCUCUGGGACAGCAGUAUCUGAUGACCUAGACUAUGGGGACAUGACUGAGCUGUCUAGUGACUGCAGGCACAGGGCAGGAGGCUGCCUUCUGAUGCCUGAGGUCUCCUCUGCAGGCAUCUCCACAAAAGCACAGGACACUAAUAAUAACUACCCAAGACCUCCUGUGUGCGUGCGUGCGUGCGUGUGUGUGUGUGUGUGUGUGUGUGUGUGCGUGCGUGCUCAUUGGUCCCCUCUCCAUUUCUUAGUAGCACACUGAAUUUUAGGGCCACACUACUCCCAGAGAGCUAGAGAGGUGAGGAGGCAUGGAGAUGAGGUAGGUGGGCCGAGCAGUGUAGAGAGUUCCUCCAGGCAGCUGUUUCUAGAACACUCCACAUCAGCCACUAUCCCAUCAGUGGCUUUUCUAUGGUGCAGCACAUAGGAUGUAUGGCUCCUUUCCUUGUAGGUGCUUGUGUGUCCUUAGAAUUACAAACCCAAUGAUUGUUUUACAUGUUUAUUGCUGUAUUUUAUAACUUUACACAACUGCUGUAUUCCCUUUCUUCAAAAUGCAGAUUUUAAAAGAUCAUUUCUAGGGAUUUUUCUUUUAAUUCCACAUACUUAUUUUUAACCCCAAAGCCCCUCAAGGCCCGGGGACUGUGUGUUGCCCGGCUUUAGCUGACCCCUGCAGGAAUGCAGGUGGAGAACUAGAGUUUAUUUUACACAUUCCCCCGCUUGUCUCGGCACCCAGCAUUUCCCCUGGGUACAUGUGGCUUUGGCGUUCGUUGGUUAAGCUUUGUUCCCCCUUGCCCCCCAACUCCUCAGCUUGGCAUAGAUGACAGGAUGUUUAUGGUUCAGAACACAUGGCUUCACGUUCCUAGCAGGUGAUACAAGAAUUGCAGCAGUACCGAUAAGCAGGCUGAACCUCCUGGGAUGGAGCAGUACCCUGCCAUCCCUAGGAACACUGCAUGACCCCUUGCUGUGUGCCCAACCCGCUGUUGUGCGUGUGAUGGCCUUCUUUCUCUGUGUCUCUCUGCCCACUGUCGGUGAGUUCAGAGCAGCGGCUCCCCCAGCCACCUGUCACUGUCUCCUGCCCCUCGG